AUGAACAAUCGAAACAGAUUUCGUGUGUUCAACGCGAAUCAAACUGAAGAGAUAAAGAAGAGGGAUCAGUAUGGAAAGCAAGGGGGGCAAACUUUGGCUGAUUACGAUGAGAAAGAUCUUCACGGGCCUGAGAUAACAGACAGAGAUGGGCCCCUGUUGGACAAACAUGACAGCUUCUACAUCACCACCAAGAGUCUGCUCGUGCUCUUUCAGAUCAUGGGGGUUAUGCCGAUUAUGAGAGUGCCUACGUGUAAAACCACACAACGUACAACUUUCAACUGGAUAUCAAAAGCAACCUUAUGGGCGUAUCUGGUAUGGGGACUCGAGUGCAUCAUUGUCCUUAGAGUGGGGAAGGAGCGACUGGAGAAUUUCCAGAAGAACUCUUAUAAAAGAUUCGAUGAAGUGAUCUACAAUAUUAUAUUCCUGAGCAUUCUUAUACCUCAUUUCCUUCUCCCCGUGGCUUCAUGGCGACAUGGACCGCAAGUGGCGAUCUUCAAAAAUAUGUGGACCCAUUAUCAGCUAAAAUACCUGAAGAUCACUGGCACUCCUAUCGUGUUCCCGAACCUGUACUCCCUUACGUGGGGUCUCUGCAUCUUCUCCUGGGCGUGUAGCUUUGCGGUCAUCCUGUCCCAGCAUUACUUGCAAGAUGACUUCGAGCUCUGGCAUUCCUUUGCCUACUACCAUAUCAUCGCUAUGUUGGAUGGCUUCUGUUCUCUUUGGUACAUAAAUUGCAACGCUUUCGGGACAGCGUCAAAAGGCCUGGCAAUGAACCUGCACAAAGCCCUGGAGGCAGAGCAUCCAGCGUUAAAACUGGCGCAGUACAGACAUCUCUGGGUCGACCUCUCCCAUAUGAUGCAACAAUUGGGUAGAGCGUAUUCAAACAUGUAUGGCAUCUAUUGCAUGGUAAUUUUCUUCACGACCAUCAUAUCUUUGUACGGUGCUCUGUCGGAAAUCUUAGAGCAUGGUCUCAGCUAUAAGGAGAUGGGCUUGUUCGUCAUCGUUGGCUACUGUAUGACACUGCUCUUCAUCAUCUGUAAUGAGGCUUACCAUGCUUCUAGAAAGGUGGGGCAUGAGUUUCAAGUUCGUCUGCUAAACGUGAAUCUAGGUGGCAUCGACCACAGUACGCAACGAGAAAUCGAGAUGUUCCUUGUAGCCAUAGCCAAGAACCCUCCUAUAAUGAACCUGGAUGGCUUCACCAAUAUCAAUAGAGAACUGUUCACUGCUAAUAUAUCAUUUAUGUCGACAUACUUGAUAGUCCUGAUGCAGUUUAAGCUCACCCUUCUGAGACAGGGAGCUAGGAAGGCUAUAAAGUCUAUCAUUAUUGGUUUCUACAUCACCAUGUAG